AUGUUUCUAGUAACUAGCUUAUGUGCCACUCUAGCAGACUAUGCGACAAUGGUGGAGUUUAUGAAACGGGAAUUUGUAACUGAAGCCUUCGUUGCAUACCACCAUCGACAUCGCUACUUGCAAUUUUGCUGCCUUAUCCAUGAAGAUGAAGAAGUCAAUGUACGAUCAUGGUUUCCUAAUUACACUGUCCAAGAAUUCGAUGAUGACAACAUAGAACUUGACCAACCAGUAACCAUCCAGAGCUGCAUGUUGAUUAGCAUGUCAAACUGCGAUCUAAUCCAAACCAAGAACCUCAAGAAUACAAGGCUCCGCAUUUGUGAACGUCUAGGUCUAUCAAUUCCAGCUGCAUCUACAAUCGUGGAGCCAUAG